AUGCAUACAGUGCCAGUAGAGCUGGCCAGGAAGUUUUUCAGCAUGAAAAGGAACAAUAAAUUGGACUCCUUUCAAGUUUCCAUGUCAGCAGCAUCUCAGUCCUUGAGAAUUCAGGGCCCAAACCUGAAAUCGGCAUGGUUUGUGAUGUGUCACAGAGCUGGGGACAAGGAAGACUUGGAACAAGGGGGAAGUGGAGGGAAGGAGGAACGGAAAAUAAUUGUAUUUAUUCUCACGGCUGUGUUCACGUGGUCGGUUGACCCCCUCUUUACAGUGCCUGCACCUCCACCUCCUAUUUCUAGUAGUCUCACACCACAGAUUCUGCCUUCCUACUUUUCUCCAUCUUCAUCCAACAUUGCAGCCCCAGCUGAGCAACUUUUGGUACGGACUCGUUCAGUGGGUGUGAAUACUUGUGAUGUUGGAAUAGUAACAGAACCUGAAUGCCUUGGACCAUGUGAACCUGGGACUAGCGUGAAUUUGGAAGGAAUUGUAUGGCAUGAAACUGAAGAAGGUGUCCUAGUUGUAAAUGUGACGUGGAGAAAUAAAACCUAUGUUGGAACCUUGCUUGAUUGCACAAAACAUGAUUGGGCUCCUCCCAGGUUUUGUGAAUCACCAACAAGUGACCUAGAAAUGCGAGGAGGUCGGGGCAGAGGGAAACGGGCAAGAUCUGCAGCAGCUGCAACUGCACCAGGAACGGACAUUAGCUUUACAGAGUCCAGAGGACUGCAGAACAAGAACAGAGGUGGGGCCAACGGAAAAGGGAGACGAGGCAGCCUUAAUUCCAGUGGCCGCAGGACACCCCCAAAUUGUGCCAUGGAGGAUGUCAAAGUCAGUCCCUUGUCCACCAAUAAGAGGAAGAACAAGCCACCCAUGGAGUUAGACUUGAACUCCAGUUCGGAGGACAAUAAAUCUGGAAAGCGUGUUCGUACCAAUUCUAGAAGCACUCCAACCACUCCCCAGGGGAAGCCAGAGACUACUUUUUUGGACCAAGGCUGUUCUUCUCCUGUUUUGAUUGAUUGCCCCCAUCCCAACUGCAACAAAAAAUACAAGCACAUUAAUGGAUUGAGGUAUCACCAGGCUCAUGCACAUUUAGACCCAGAAAAUAAACUGGAAUUUGAGCCAGACAGUGAAGACAAAAUCUCGGAUUGUGAGGAAGCGCUUAGCAAUGUGGCACUUGAAUGCAAUGAGCCAAGCACAAGUUUAUCACAUUUUGACCCACUGAAGGCACCGACUUCUCCUUGUUCCCUCAGUACCCCUGGGACACCAAAGGGAAAAAGGGAACAAGCUAGUAAUGGCAGGAAUUCUGGGAAAAAGAGGGGAUUAAACAAUGAAUUGAACAGCCUACCAGUAAUUUCUAAUAUGACGGUGACGUUGGAGAACUGCUCAGUAGCCGAAAGCAAUUUGGCCACUGAAAUGCCCAAAUUAGAGGCUGAAGGACUAAUAGCCAAAAAAACUGUAGGAGAGAAAGACAAAGGCAAAAAAGCCAGUAACUGUAAAGUAGAUAAAAACCUUUCGAAGCUUAAAACUGCCAGACCCAUUGCACCAGCACCAGCUCCAACGCCACCUCAGUUAAUAGCUAUACCUACGGCAGCCUUUACAGCCACCACAACUGGUUCAAUACCAGGGUUGCCCUCACUAACAACUACUGUUGUGCAGGCUACACCAAAGAGCCCUCCGCUAAAACCUAUUCAACCAAAGCCCACAAUUAUGGGAGAGCCAAGCACUGUAAACCCAGCUCUCACGUUGCUGAAAGACAAAAAGAAAAAAGAGAAGAGAAAGCUGAAGGACAAAGAAAGUGGAAGUCCUAAAAUGGAAUUGAAGCUGGGAAAGUUAGAGGACACAAAGGGGUCUGGGAAAGAGAUUGCUGAGCAUUUUUUAAAGGAACAUCUCAGCAAGAGUGAAGUGUUAGCUAAUGGGCUGUCGGAGUCUCAAGAGAGUAGGAUGGCAAGCAUUAAAGCUGAGGCUGAUAAGGUUUACACUUUCACAGACAAUGCCCCCAGCCCUUCUAUAGGGAGUGCCUCAAGAAUGGAAUGCAGCACUUUGGUGAAUGGGCAGUCUUCAAUGGCGCCAUUACAUGUGUUGACACAGAAUGGGGCAGAGGGUGCUGCUGCUAAAACCAACAGCCCGGCUUACUCUGAUAUCUCGGAUGCUGCGGACGAUGGCGGUUCUGACAGCAGGUCAGAGGGCAUGAGGUCAAAGGCCAGCUCCCCUUCAGAUAUUAUUACUAAUAAGGACAGUGUUGUAAAAGGGCAUUCCUCAGCCCCUGCACCACCACCCCAAGUCAAAGAGUCCCAUUCUCCCUAUUACCAUGGUUACGAUCCUUAUUAUUCUCCAAGUUACAUGCAUUCUGGGCAGGGCAGCACUCCUGCAGCUGGGAACAGCAACAACACACAGGGAAUGAAGAUAAAAAAGGAAACUGAAGAAGAGGCUGAGAAGAAAGACAAGGCAGAGCCGGCAGAGUCCAAAAAAAGCGAAGCCAAUUCCACUAACUUGCAGCCUCAACACCAGUCAGUCAUAACUCAGAGGCACCCUGCACUCGCCCAGUCACUUUACUAUGGCCAGUAUGCUUAUGGGCUUUACAUGGACCAAAAGUCCUUAAUGACUUCUAAUCCAGCUUACAGACAGCAGUAUGAAAAAUAUUAUGAGGACCAGAGGUUGGCAGAGCAGAAAAUGGCACAAAGUGGUGGGAGAGAUUGUGAGAGGAAAAGUGAACUCCCCUUAAAAGACCCAGGGAAGGAUGAGAAGCUGAAAAACAUUCCCUCGGCUACUAUCUCAAAAGCGCCUUCAACACCCGAGGCCAGUAAAAACAAUUCCAAAAUGGGGUCAUCGGUCCCUAAUAAAACAGAGGAGACGAGCAAAUCACAGAUUCUUUCCAAUCACCAGCAGCAGAUUCAGUCAGAUAGCUUUAAAGCAAAACAAAUGGAAAACCACCAGCUUAUAAAGGAGGCUGUGGAAAUGAAAUCUGUAAUGGAUUCAAUGAAACAGACUGGAGUAGAUCCUACAACAAGGUUUAAACAGGACCCAGAUACAAGAACAUGGCAUCAUUACGUGUAUCAGCCAAAAUACCUUGAUCAGCAGAAAACAGAGGAACUUGAACGUGAAAAGAAACUAAAGGAAGAUAGCCCCAGAAAAACACCUAAUAAGGAUGCCCCCUUCUCCAGCCUUCCUAUCUCAUUAAACAGCAUUAAAGAGGAGCCUAAAGAGAUGAAGCGCUCUGAUUCCCAAUCACUGGAGGAGAACAAAAUAAAAAAUGAUGAUCGAAAGACUCCUGUAAAUUGGAAGGAGUCUCGGGGUGCAAGAGUGGCUGUUUCCUCUCCGAUGACUCAGCAUCAGUCAUAUAUACAAUACUUGCACGCUUAUCCUUACCCACAGAUGUAUGACCCUAAUCAUCCUGCAUACCGUGCUGUGUCUCCUGUUCUCAUGCACAGCUAUCCAGGGGCCUAUCUCUCGCCAGGAUUUCAUUAUCCUGUUUAUGGGAAGAUGUCCGGGAGAGAAGAGGUGGAAAAAGUCAAUACCAGCCCUAGCAUCAGCGUAAAAUCAACCACUGAAUCGAAAGCACUGGAUUUGUUGCAGCAGCAUGCCAACCAGUACCGCGGCAAGUCUCCUGCGCCUGUGGAAAAAUCUACAACUGAGCGUGAGAGAGAAGCAGAGAGGGAACGAGAUCGUCAUUCCCCUUUUAGCCAGCGGCAUCUUCAUACACAUCACCACACGCACGUUGGAAUGGGAUACCCACUAAUUCCAGGGCAGUAUGAUCCAUUUCAAGGGCUGACCUCUGCUGCCCUUGUUGCCACUCAGCAGGUGGCUGCUCAGGCAUCUGCAUCUGGUAUGUUUCCUGCACAAAGAAGAGAAUGAUAAAUAUGGAAAUGUACAUCAUCAUGUGACUGGAUCACGUGGGGAAAAAAGCGCUUUAUUAGAGACAUCAGUUCCAUGGUGUUAAUUUGAAAUGCCUUAAUGGCAGGCAAAACCAGUCAUUUCAUUUUUGUAAAUUACAGAUUUUUAUCACAGAGUAACAAAUGUUGCUGUAUUUAGACUUCUGUUUUAUAUAUAUAUAUAUAUAUAUGCUUAUAUAUAUAUGAAUAUAAAUAUAUAUAUAUAUUCUUUACUUUUUUGUAUCGGUAAUCAGGCUCACACAAAGAGCCUGCUGCUAAGUUGUAAACCACAAAGUAAAUGGCGGGAAACUGUAUUUGUCUUGUUCAGAAAGCAUUAACCACAAAAGGAUGUUUGUUUCUGUUUUCUUCCUUUUGCUUUUCCAAACUGUAAAUAACUAACGUUCUGUAUCUUUGUGCCUGAACCUUGCAUACCCUUCUAAUAUUGCCCACAACCCUCCAUAGAGGCUAACUGUGAUGACGACGAUGAAACUUUGGUACAAUUUAGAUGUCUAUUUGGUGGCUCCUAUUAAGAUGCAUCAGUGUAAAAUGUUCCUGUAUUAACUGUUUCAUUGUAAUUGUGUAUUGUGAAGAAUAUACAUUUGGAAGGCAUGGGUUUGCCAGUACCACAAAAACUGUGUUGUACAUAGUGUAUAGAUUUUAAAUGGGGAAAUAAUGAGCAUCUGUGAAUAAUGAAAUGUCCUUUUUAUAAUCUUGAAUGGCAAAUAACCCAAUAGCCUGCAUACCAGAAGACGUCUGUGAUUGUUCUAUUACUUGAAUAGUCCUGCAGUCUUUUUUUUAAUGUUUACAAUUAUCCCGUUUUAGAAGAGAGACUUUAAUGCCAUUGCCUGGUUACUUGUUUUAUGCUGUAAUCUAGUUUAUUUUAUGUAAAAUGUAUAUUGAAUGCUUUCAUUUUUAUACCUGCCUUAAAUAAUUUGGCAAUCAGAAUUA